UAAGAAGUUUCAACACAACUACCGAUUAGGUUUUGGCAAAUUGCACCAUCUCUUGCUAUAAAUAGUUAUCAUCAUUAACUUGUGUUCUCACAAGCAUAGCUAACAUAAGAUAUCGGAGAUGGCUAAAUCUCAAUUUAGCUGCGCAACCUUCUUUGCCCUGCUCAUCUGCUUCCUCCUCCUCGUACCAAAUAAGAUGCCAAUGGCUGAAGCUUCAUUUUGCAAGAGGCUUGCCAAGAACUGGUCCGGGGAUUGUUCCUCUGACAGGUGCUACAAUUAUUGCAAGUAUACAGAGCAUGUUUACUCCGGAGAAUGUAAUUGGACUGGCAAUGGUCAGCAUCGUUAUUAUGCUUGCUACUGUGUCUACAACUGUUGAAAGCCUACUAUUUUCUGCAAUUUGCAACGUACUUUGUAUUCAAAUAAAGGCGAACAAUUCACUAGAAUUGCAUAUGUGCCGCCAAUAGUUGUUGUUCCUAUGUCAGUUGCUAAUAACGUACGGUGCUGUCUGUGUUAUCAUUGAAAAAUCACUGCUCAGUGAUAACUUAAUCAGUCUAUCCAUGUGUGUCUGUUGCGAUCUGUCUUGUAUUCAUUUAAAUAUAAAUGGACUACCUCUGUCCAAGUAUAAGGGUCAUCUUCUGUGAUUUCAA